AUGAAGCUCGCCUUUCUGCUGUUCGCCCUGGUGGCCCUCUCUGAGUGCCUGUACAAGGUUCCCCUGAAAAAGGGAAAGACGGCGAGGGAGGUCCUGCAGGAGCAGGGACUGUGGGAGGAGUAUAGGAAGAAACACCCCUACAAACCUAUGGUCAAAUUUACAAGCAACUCUGCUGGCACUGAACAGAUGACCAACGAUGCAGAUCUGUCAUACUAUGGUGUCAUCUCCAUUGGAAAUCCACCACAGUCCUUCAUCGUUAUCUUUGACACUGGAUCCUCCAACCUAUGGGUACCAUCCAUCUACUGCUCCAGCGCUGCUUGCAACAACCAUGCUAAAUUCAACCCUAAAGGGUCCACCUCUUUCAAGUUCACGUCUGAGUCGGUGGCCAUCCAGUAUGGGACUGGGAGCAUGACUGGAGUGCUGGGAUACGACACCGUUGAGGUUGGCGGGAUCACCAUUACCAACCAGAUCUUUGGUCUGAGUGAGACGGAGGCCGAAUUCAUGUAUUACAUGAAAUCUGAUGGGAUCCUGGGACUUGCCUUCCCUUCAAUUUCUUCCUCUGGUGCCACCCCAGUCUUCGACAAUAUGAUGAGCCAGGGACUGGUUUCUCAAAGCCUGUUCUCUGUCUACCUGAGCAGAAAUUCUGAGGAAGGCAGUGUGGUCAUCUUUGGAGGGAUUGACCCUUUAUAUUUCACCGGUACCAUCUCCUGGCUGCCGGUCACCUCCGACACCUACUGGCAAAUCAGCAUGGACAGUGUGACCAUCAAUGGAAACAUUGUAGCUUGUGCUGGAGGUUGCCAGGCAAUCGUGGAUACAGGAACCUCUUUAAUCGUUGGCCCAAGCACCGACAUCGCAAACAUGAAUUCAUGGGUUGGGGCUAUGACAGAUGAGUAUGGAGAUGCAAUUGUGACCUGCAGCAACAUCCAGAAAAUGCCAAACGUGACCUUCACCUUGAAUGGAUACACCUUUGAAAUCCCUGCCUCUGCCUAUGUAUCUCAGUCCAGUUCCAGCUGCAGCGUUGGUUUUGGCUACGGCGGCACAGACCAGCUCUGGAUCCUGGGCGACGUCUUCAUUAGACAAUACUACGUCAUCUUUGACAGGGGUAACAAUCAAGUAGGUCUGGCUUUAGGUGUGUGAUUUACACCAGCUUGGUUUAACAGUGCUGAAACAUCGAGUUUACUCACUUUAAAUUGUCUUUUGAUGGUAUAAAUCUUCUACAAUCUAUAUAUACUGUGUAUUAGGCACAAUUUUAUUUUUAGCUUUAACAAUAUUCUGGUAGAUCAU